UAAAAAUCAUUGCACAUCAUUUGAAAAUGUUAUGGGAAGGAGGUUCAGAGAUUCCAACAUGGAAGUCCAAACAGGUUGUUUUUAUGUUGUGCCUCGGUCACUGUUUGCUAUCGUUGGGUUCAUUGCUCUGAUUAAAGCGACAAAUAAUAAUUCAAGUACCCAGCAAAAGGCAUAUCUUGGUUACAUUUGGGAGAAUCCAAGAGCUGAGAACCACAAUGCAGAGGAAGUUAUAGUGGAUGGUUCCAAUGAUGAGCUUAGGCUAACAUGCAUAUUGGAUCCUCCUUUGCCUUUAACCAAAGAGAACUUUAUAUCUAGAGAUAAGAUAGUUAAAUGGAUGAGAAUACAAAAGACACAUGGCCACCAGAUAAAGUCAACAUUCUGGUCUGAUGACCAAGGAAUCACAGCCAUAUCAUUAUCAAAGUUGAAGUUAAGAGAUCUUGGCACAUAUGGAUGUAGUUAUAGGUCUUACUUAAAGACAAUAAAUUUAACAGUAAGCAAUAUUGCUGAGAUACAAAGACUGCCAGAAGCAAAAUCACACUCUGACUUAGAAGGAGCUGUCUUGAAUAUCAAGGAAGUGAAAGGGCUAGAAAGCUGGAAACCAUUGCCUGGAAAGGAAAAGGGUUCAUUUGGAAUGACGAUUUUUCCAUGUUCAGUACCCACAACACAUAACAGUAAAGCUAAUUCUGUGAAUCAGCUACAACCAAAAGAUAUCGACGUCAUCCUUAGUCUUGGAGGAGCUUUUUCAACGGGUGUUGCCACUGGUUCAUUAACUGUCCCUGGCUUGUUUUCAUCACACAAAACACGCUCCUUCAGCAUUGGUGGGAAAUUAACUGUGGAACAUUUCAUCACUUUACCGAGUAUUCUGAAAAAAUUCAACCCAAGUUUAAAAGGUGCUAUUUUCGAAGAAGAGACCUUUUCUACUAUAAACUAUGGAAGCUCGAUAAGGCAGCUGCCAAGAAGAGCUUUAAAUCUCAUUAGAAAACUGGAAACCCGCAAGGACGUGGACUUUGAAAGAAGUUGGAAGUUGCUGACGCUGUCUCUGGACUUUGAUGACUAUUGCAUUGCAUGUCGUUUAGAAUCGGGAUGGGACGAUCAUUUGAAGUCAGUUGUUGAAACACUUGAUACCUUGCACUCAAAGGUUCCAAGGCUAUUUGUAAACCUUGUGCUAGCACCAAACGUCACACAACUAUAUAGCUCUCCAUCCAGUCAGAAAUGCUCCCAACUCUAUAGAAAAUCCUGCGAAUGCAUGGACUCGCAAUCAGAUGAAGACAAGACAAAGGUUGCCCAAAUGCAAAAUGAUAUGAAGAAAUAUAUGGCCAAAAUUGUCCACAAAUAUAACACUGGACCAAAUUUUACUGUUGUUGUGCAGCCAUUCUGGACUGAUAUUAUCAGUGACAGGGAAGAUUUGUUUGCUAAAGAUUGCUUUCACCUGUCAUCAGUAGGGCAAGAACUGGCCGCAGUCAACCUGUGGAAUAACAUGCUUGAACCUGUAGACCUGAAGCAUACACAAUGGAUCACAAGAAAAUCUCUAAGAUGUCCAACGCCAACGCAUCCAUUUUUCUUUACAUUUGCAAACAGCAGGAAAGUGCUUCCAUCCGAUUUUCCCAUGGCUGAUACUAUAGAGGUAGAUGUGGCAAUAACAGCGAAGUCAAAGUCGACCAUGGUUGCUCUAGGAGUUGGUUUGAGCCUUUUUGUUGUUGUUGUUGUAGUCACCAGUACCAUCCUUAUUUACAUAAAGAAGCAAAGUUCGGUUCCAAUGAGAGACAGAAUCCGCAUUCUCGCCACACCAUGGAAAAGGAUGAAAGAAAAAGUGUAAUGACGUUUUUAGAAAAGUUUUCACUGAACACAAUCCUUUUCCCGCCCAACACUACACAAAAGAUUUUUUUGGCCAUUUUGCAAUCUUGGCACGGACAUUUUUAUACCUGGGAAAGUUUUUCCCCUAGAAGUGACUGACCAUAGCAGCUAUUCAUGUCAUCAAUGGACAACCUGACUUUUAAAUGUAAAUAGUGUAGAGAAUAUAUUGUCAGAUAUGAUUACAUGAAAGGACUAUGUGUAUAGCUGGAAGUUGCAAUCUUUCUGGACUUUUUUGUAAAAAGGUAAUUUAUUUUCCGAAUUUUGCAGUAUUAAUUUGAUAACCCACUAGCAAAUCAUGAACACGCAGUGUAAGUAAGGUAUAACUGAAUUUGUGCUGUAUGGGUCACAUGAAAAGUCCAAACAUCUGAAAGUGUAUAUCAGAAUCUAUUAUCAGGUUAUUCACGAGACAAAAUCAUACAAGUACCUGGGUGUAAAUUUAGAUACCCAUCUGACCUACAUCUUUAAAGAUUUUUCUUUAAAAUCAAGCUAAUUUUUAUACCUUAGAAGCAUGUUCAAAAAUUCAUUGUCUGAAGUCUUCAAUAAACACGUAAUAAACUUCUAGUGGCAAAAUGGCCCGGCAAUUCAAGAAACUGCCUACCGACCCCGGACCUUAUUUUCUUAUGAAAUACGUGUAUAUCGUAUUGGUAACAUUCAUAUGGAAAGUUCAGCACAAAAUGGGCGUGUCUGAGGAAAUAGAUAUUUAGCAAUGCCAUUUGUUAGAAUAUCAACAGAGAAUGAAAAAUUUCACCACGUUGAUAUAAAGGGAAGGGAUAAAUCAUCAGUUUUUUUACCUAAAAGUAUGAAGCAUUUGAAACGCAAUGUGCUAGUUCUGCUGUGAUUCAAUAUAGAGCUUUUUACUUUUCUCAUAUUUGAAGUCAUAUUUCUGA